AUGGCCAUCAACAAUGUCCUCACGGUGACCUCGACCGUUGUUUUGAGAGCUGUCUCUUACUUCUUCCUGCGCUGGGGCUUGCUACCUCCACUCGCACCCAUCGCCUUCACGGCUUUUGCUAUCUAUAUCCCCUCCUCCAUCACCAGCUUCUUCUCCAGUCUGCAAGAUGGCCAGGAGGAAGUUGUCAGGACACAAACCACUCGGAUUCGACAAUUCGAGGAGGUCGACGGCGAUGUGAUCGAGGAUGUCGAUGUCACUGGUACACAGCUAACCAUAGAUGGAUCUCAGACUGUCGGUCUGUGGCGCACGAUUCUGGCAGGCGUCCCGAACCCACGCAACCUCGUCCUCACGCUGCUCACCUUCCUGAUCAACCUAGCCUGCGUGACCAUGGUUGCAGACCGCCUUUACUCAGAACACUUGCUCCCCACCGAGGACCUGUCCUUCGUCAGACCGGGCUUCGUUUCUGACAAAGAGGUGAAAUUCCUCGUCCGAGAGCCCGAUCAGACAAAGAUGCCCGUCGUUUUCGAGAUCCGUGUCAAGGAAAGUGAACUUCCCUUCUCUACAGACGAGUACCUGGUAGCCGGCAAGGUCCAAAGUACGUCUGAUGACACAGACUACACUGCUGUGGUUGAUCUUGCUCUGAAUCAUCAUUCGCAACGCACAUAUGAGUGGAGGACCUCGAACGGCCACUCCGGUGAAUUUACAUCAGCACCUAAAGCCGGCAAAUACCCAGACAAGUUCGACGGCAAAUUUACCUUCCUGUCAACUUCUUGUAUCGUCAAUCGUCUUCCCUAUAAUCCACUGGACCACCCUCUCUCGAUCCCCGGAAUGCGCCAGCUUAGCAAAGUUCUACCAAACCUGAGUGCCCAGUUCAUGCUGUUCCUAGGCGAUUUCAUCUACGCAGAUGUCCCUCGCGAAUGGGGCGAAAGCGCCGCAGACUUCCGCCAGAAGUAUAGAGCAGUUUAUGCUUCACCCGAGUGGCCUAGCGUUGGGCAGAACCUGAGCUGGAUUCACGUUUUGGACGACCAUGAAAUUCAUAAUGAUUGGGAUGGCAAUACUACCGGUGUGUAUGCUGCCGCCGUGGAUCCAUGGCACCACUAUCACACAGCAGUGAACCCGCCCGCCGCAAAGAAGUCCAACUGGACGAUUUCCACGGCCGGGCCGACGUGGUUCGAGUUCGCGCAAGGCCCAGCGAAUUUCUUCAUGGCGGACACGCGCUCCUACCGAUCAUCCAACAAGAUCGACUACGAGGACAAGGAAAAGACAAUGCUCGGCUUGGCGCAGUUGUCAGACCUGCUCGCGUUUCUGCGCAGGCCUGAGCCCAGGGGCGUCGACUGGAAGGUUGUCGCCUCGUCGGUGCCCUUCACCAAGAACUGGCCCGUCAACGUCCAGGACACCUGGGGCGGAUUCCUGGCGGAGAGGCAGGUGAUACUCGAGGCCAUGUGGGAAACCGCCGCCCGCGGCAUCGGCGUCGUCGUCUUGUCUGGAGACAGGCACGAGUUCGCGGCCACAAAGUUCCCGCCGCCUCAGGGCUCUAAGUGGACCGAGGAGGCGACCGUGUACGAGUUCUCGGCCAGCCCCCUGAGCCAGUUCUAUUCGCCCAUCGGCACCUACAAACAGGUUGACGAUGAGGACGUCAAGAUCAAGUACAUCAACAGCGGGUACUCGAAGUUCGGCGCGAUCACUAUCGAGAAGGUACCCGAGAGCGGCAGGAGUAGUCUCUCAUACCGCCUCUUCGUGGACGGCGUCGAGGCCUGGAACACCACGGUCCUGUCGCCUGAGAGGAUCAGCGCCGGUAAUCUCUGGGAGCGAUUCACGGGCUCGCGAUAG